AUGGAGCGUGUCUACUUUGGCAAUUUCUUGCGCGACUACUCCCAAGCGUUGGACGUUGGCACGCUGAAGAGUGUAAACGCCGAAACCCUACGCAUCCUUGUCUGGGUUCUCUCCUUUAUGGCCUUUGGCUAUGCAACAGAAGAAUUCGAGGUGACUAGCGAAAGACUUGGCGUUUACCGUGCUGAAGAGCACAUUGACAACCCCCUGGGCUACGCAGAUGGCUUGGAUGCUCAGAAGUUUGACCAACGCCUAAGAGGACCUGUCAUGCCAGUGGAGACUGAGAUCGACAUGAAGACCGGCAUGAAGAACUACAUUUGCAACGAGAGUGGAAACUGGCCCACGAGUGCUGGCUAUAUCCGAUAUAGCUUUGCGCGAUGCAUUCACUUUGGCAGGUUGUACACCAGCGGUUCAGACCGCAAGGGCAACGAGGACGAUCUGAAUGAGGCUCUUCGCUGCCUGGGUCAGGCAUUGCAUUGUCUUGAAGAUUUCAGUGCCCACAGCAACUACACAGAGCUGGCCCUACGAGAACUCGGUCACCGCAAUGUAUUUCCCCACUGUGGAACACAGACUGAAGUGAAGAUUCAUGGAAAGAGGAUCUACCCGCUAGUCACUGGAACGUUUGGUGCCGUGGACUUCAUUCAUAGUGUCAUAGGUGAAGCUACCGAUACCUUCACGCAGACCGAGGUCGACGAAGUCGAUAUUGCCUUGAAGAACGCUGAGAAGGGUGUCAGCAUCAAUCGAAGCGGUGGAGGAGAUGGCUCGAGGGGAUUUCUCGGCAUUGGAGGUACCAGCUCCAAGGGUCCAGCUGACUUCAUCGCUUUGGUGGGCAAACUACCCGGCGUGGGCGGUGGUUUCGCUACCCAGGCGCGCGAUCUCCAGGCCCAGUCCGAUGCGCAAGAGCGCGAGAACAUGACGCGAGCAAGUGGUGGCUCCAACCAAAACAUGGUGCCUGGCAUGAGCCCCGAUUUUGAUCCCGUCAAGACGGCUGGGCGGAUUUAUCCCAUCCUCCAAUUUAGGGACAAGAUUGUUAAAGCCAUAAGUCGAGGCAUCGCCAAGGUUCCUGGCCUCGAAAAGUUGUUGGAACACAUCAGCGAGACACUGACGGCAUUCGUCCUCGGUCUUCUCGCCCCUUUUGUCCGGCCCAUCAUCCAGCAGGUCUCUAAGACGCUGAAGGAGGGCUCAUCUGGCCUCAUUUCUGCCAGCGCGCGAUCCCAGCUUGAGCCCUGGGACAACCCUCGAUGCUCAGACCCAACCCACAGCAUGCUAGCGAAGGAUCACUUUACUAAUAUCCUCAAUUCCUGUGCUGGCCGCGUGGCCGUCACUAUCUUGCAAUAUGCCGUCCCGCGCGUCUUGUACGCUUGGGAGAACACACAUGUCCCUGUCGACGAAGUGGUCAAUGACGUCCUGCGGGCUUUCCACCAUCCAGCUCUGCGCGACGAACGUGUGGACAUUCAGCGCGACAUGUUCAAUACGGUUCGCAAGUGGGCUGAUGAGCACCCACGCCGCAACCAGCUCGACCACAUCCUCUCCUCGGGAUCUGUGCGCAAUGGCAAAAACCACGUUUUGAACCAGCAGCAGCACGGAUCGAGAGACGGCCCUGACCACUCGGGUGAGCCAUCGCAUUCUCACGGCGCUUUAGAGAGCAUGCUCGGGAAGUUUGGACACGGCAAAGUCUCUGGCUCGCUCUGGAACCAGGUCAAGACUAGGGAUAUGGAUGCUAUGGAUGGCCACGACAACGCACCGAUGCGCAACUCUCCUGUGCCACCUCCUCAGCAAUUCAACUAUGGCCAGAACCCCGACUAUCAAGAGCAGCCUAUUAUGGUGCGCCAAACCCGGCUGGAUAUGCGCCGCCCCCAGGUGCUCCCCCCCAUGGUUACGUUGCGCCGCCUGGGCCUCUUCAACCGAGCUAUGCACCAGGAUACGGCGGACCACCGCCUCCCCAUGGCGGGCACCCGCCACAUGACUGGCAACAGUAUCCCGGACAGCGCAGAUACUAAUGGCUGGAAGUAG